CAUCCAUGCCUCGGCCGCCUGCCUUCCUUCUCCUUCUUCCCGUCCUGCUGUGCUGUGACCUGGAAUAGCCCACUUUCCCACGCAAUACUUAACCCAACAGGCAAUCCUUGUCGUCCCAGGGCUCACCCAACCUGCUAUUCUCAGACAUACGCAACUAAACCCCGCAGAGCAUCUCGCCGCUUUCCCCCUCCUUGGGAACUGCACUCCGAGCACCACAAUUCAAACACCGCCAUAUACCACGCACACAAACCGCACGCAAACUCACCCCGUUUCAUCUCCGAAAACCUACCCAACGUGCGAAAAAACUUCUGAACCGAGUAUCACAUUCGUACCUCACACAAACAAAGCAAUCGUUUACCAGAGAACUCAACUCCGCUCCCCGUACGCACGCUGGUCAGUGACCUCAAAGCCAUGGACGCUUUCUUUGAUCCCAAUCCUAUGCUAUUGCACGGACUCGCAACUGCAUGGUGUCUAGAAUGCCCAGAAGCGAACCCGAACUGGUCGGAGAGCGACGGCUAUAACUCGUCAUCCGACGAGGAUUCAACAGAGGACGCUAAGACGAGACCUGGCCUCCCACGCAACUCAUCAAGACUGAGCCUACGCUCUCUUGUCGGAGGAUCAUCAUCGGCAUCAGCCUCCCUCACCUCCUCGUCCAGCACUUCCUUGAUACCCUCCCUCCCAUCUUUUCCAUCCCUCGACUUCCCAAAAGCCGUCCUGCAUACGACAUGGAACGAGUUAGCCGUGUUAACAGCAUUCGGCUCACAUCAGGUCAAAACACUCGCUGGUGGGAUACUGGAAGUUGCCAAGACUGGCGCCGCCAAGCCGUCCUGGAACACAGCGCUGCAUCUGGGUGUCUACCUGUUGCGAUCCAACUUUGCGUUCCAUGGUAUCUCCAUCCCGCGUCUGCGUCUUUGGUCUGGACGGAUGGGUGCUGCUGGAACGACGCGAGGGCUGCCAUCCGGUGUUGCGUUGAAGGAGGUGUCGUUUAUCGUCAACAGGGACGAGCUCUUGACGUUCGAGGACAACGGAGCGGAAUGGAGAGAGGGCAAGCAAGCAGGAGCUUACCCGACUGUGCUUCCGGAGAACGAAACGAAGUGGAACGAGGCGGCAAGACAAUACGAACUGAAGGGAGAGUGGCUGGCCGUCGAAAACGAGAAACCAGAGGAAUUCUCUGGUGGCAUCAGUGGUUGGUUGGGCUCCUGGUUUUCCGACGAGAAUGCGGACUAUCAACCGCAGCCAGAGUUGCCCAAGCUUCGGAACAAGGUCAUCUACUAUCUCCAUGGCGGCGCGUACAUCGGAGGCACCAACCAGCUUUAUCGCAUUCUUACUGGGCGUCUCGCCAAGGAAGCCAACUGCAAGCUCUUUGCUGUUGAGUACCGGUUAGCUCCGGAGAAUCCGUUCCCCGCCUCCCUGCACGACGCAUUUGCCGGCUACCUCUAUCUCAUCAACCCGCACCACGCCGCAUUCAAGCACCUCAACCCGACCCACGAACCCGUCAACCCGGCCGACAUUGUCCUCAUGGGUGAUUCGGCAGGCGGUGGCCUCGUGAUGUGCCUACUUAACUACCUCAACCUAUACCUUCGCUCCCCGAGCGGCGAGCAUCUCGUUCCCCUACCAUCUGGAGCUACGCUGAUGAGCCCUUGGGUCGACUUGGCAUUUACAUCAGAGUCCUGGUUGACGAACGCAAGCUUCGAUUGGUUACCCUCGAAUGCCCGCCAGAUUCACGACCAUAUUGUCCCGGGCCUUCCCCACCCAGUGUACAUGUACCUCUACGGCGAAGACUCGAUCAAAUCCGCCACCGAGCUCGUCAACUUCUAUCCAUCCGCAAAACAUCUCCACAGCGAUUCCCCCUCCGCCUCCUCCGAUGCAGAAGCCGCCAAAUCGUUCAUCCGCGACAAAGUCGAGCAAUUCACCCGCCACCCGCUCGUCUCACCCAUCUUUGCCGAAUCACUCGCUGGCCUGCCCCCAAUCCUCGUACAAGCCGGCGAGGCCGAAGUCCUUCGCGACGACUCCCUCGCCCUCGCUUACAAAUACGACCGCGACAACGUCGGCCGGGAGGGUGCCCACGGCUGGGUUCGGCAUGAAAUGUUCACCGAUAUGGUGCAUGUGUGGAUCAUGAUGGGGUGGUUGAAGGAAAGCACCAGUGCGAUGGCCAGGAUCAAUCGCUUCUUGGAUGAGUUGGAGGUCGGACAUCCUUUGGAGCCGAUUUUGGUGGACAACGGCGUCUUGAUCGAUUCCCAUGCCUCCUUAUGAGGACGUUGAGGACGGGUAUUGUUUACAGAACAUCUGCACGGUGUUGGGCGUAUUUGUCUGCGAACUUAUACUUCUUACCUCGAUCUCUUUCCGGUCUCCUCGCUUCGUAAGCGGCGUAUAUAUACACAUUUAGAUAGAACCUCACAAGUUCACUCAAUUUUGAGUUGCAUAGUACUUACUCUGUUGCAUGAUUUUUGUAUCAAUAUUCAUCCCAGACUACAUCUUACUGCCAUGAAAACGGUCUUCCCUUUCGUACCAGUCUCUCCUGAUCACUGUUGAUGCGCGCGCUGCUCUUCUCGCAAGGUGCCGGAGCAGAAGCUUG